CUGUACGCGUUUUGAUCUCCCUGUAUAUCCACCAAUCAGUGCUAAUUUAUUUAAUUUUGCUUAUUAUCCGCUCCUCCGUACUCUUUAUGAGUUUGUGACAAAGCAACCCGCUUGGUAUUUGCCGCAAUUCUUGUUUUGCUCCAAUCUAGCUGGUUAUGGGCCCAGAACGCUUCCACUGUACGAGUGAAGUGAGACGGUAAGUACAAUUUUUGAUCGGCCGUUAGCCAUUUACGAGCGUUAAUACCUAUACGUGUACGUAUAUUCAUUGGGUUGUUUUAUUUUCAGCAUUGACAUGGAUGAUGAUGAUGAUGGUAGCCCUUCGAGGAAGGGCAAGGAAGCAGCCGAGCCUACCGAGGAUGUGGAGAAUAUUAUGAUGUACCAACGUGUUCUAGAGGGUGACAAACAUGGCGGGCAUGCUGGAUAUUUUUCACGAGGAUUAGAAUCGGAUCUAACUCAGGAAGAGCUGCGAGUUUUGUCAGAAGCUGCAGAGGAAGCCGGCUGUGAUUCGCAAGUUACUUUUAAUAUAAUAGAAAAUCUCAAGAAGACGACCGAAGAAGAAGCGACCAGGUCCAAGCAUUUUGAAAGUCAUUCGUCGAUUCAGAGCAUCGAGGGAGCCUCUAAAUUGACUCAAGAUGAAAAUUCGGUAAAAUUCUAUUCGGCCUCCAACCUUGAAAAAUUCGGAGAUUCGCUUGGAGCGCAAGGUAACCGCAUUAAAAAUUUUAUUGAUACAGUCCAACAGCUAUUUAAUUCGAAUGAGCGUUCAAUUAGCGCAAUGCGAGCACUUACAGAAUUAAAUGAUGAAUUUUCUCAAGACAUUUAGUUGGGUUUCUAGCAUUUAGCUGCGUGUUAACUGCGUCUCGGUCUAUAUAGUUCCAACUUUGAAGAUACGUAGCAGCAUAUCGAGCAUUAGAAGAACUUUAGAUAGAAGAUGAGGAAAAAGUGCUCAACUUGAAUGAAAUUAAAAAAAGCCAUU